GGUGCGGGGGGAGGGUCAGUACCGCGGGCCCAUCCAGAUCCAGAGCAACGCGCUGGCGGCGCUGGAGGCCAUCGACAUGUCCGUGGCCGAGGAGGUCAUGCGCGAGGGCUGCGUCACCGGCGACCGCAUCAACGGCCUCGUCGACGGCAUCUCCGGCUCAUGGUACAUCAAGUUUGAUACCUUCACUCCUGCGGCUGACAGAGGGCUCCCGGUCACAAGGGUCAUUAGCCGCAUGACGCUGCAGCAGAUUCUUGCCCGUGCUGUCGGCGACGACGCUAUAAUGAACGAUUGCCACGUUGUCGACUUUACUGAUGAUGGCAACAAGGUUACCGCGAUAUUGGAGGAUGGCCGGAAAUUUGAAGGUGAUCUCUUGGUUGGAGCAGAUGGCAUAUGGUCAAAGGUGAGGAAGUCGCUUUUUGGCGAAACGGAUGCAUCUUAUUCAGAAUACACUUGCUACACCGGAAUUGCAGACUUUGUGCCUCCUGAUAUUGACACAGUCGGGUACCGAGUGUUUCUUGGUCACAAACAAUAUUUCGUCUCUUCAGAUGUUGGUGGUGGUAAAAUGCAGUGGUAUGCAUUUCACAAGGAACCUGCUGGUGGUACUGAUCCUGAGAAUGGCAAAAAGAACAGACUGCUCGAGAUAUUUAGCGGUUGGUGUGAUAAUGUCAUAGAUCUGCUAAAUGCAACUGAGGAGGAAGCAAUUCUUCGCCGGGAUAUAUACGAUCGGCCACCUACUAUCAACUGGGGGAAAGGUCGUGUCACCUUGCUUGGUGACUCUGUCCAUGCUAUGCAGCCAAAUCUGGGACAGGGUGGUUGCAUGGCUAUCGAGGAUGGUUACCAGCUGGCUGUAGAGCUUGAGAAGGCCUGGGAAGAGAGUGUCAAGUCUAGAACUCCUGUGGACGUUAUUUCCUCCUUGAGGAGUUAUGAGAAGGAGAGAAAGCUACGUGUUGCUAUCAUACAUGGAUUGGCAAGAAUGGCGGCAAUCAUGGCUACCACUUACAGACCAUAUCUAGGUGUGGGUCUGGGACCUUUGUCGUUUUUGACAAAGUUGAGGAUACCGCAUCCUGGAAGAGUUGGCGGCAGAUUUUUCAUCAAGGUUGGAAUGCCUUUGAUGCUGAGCUGGAUUUUAGGUGGCAACAGCUCAAAGCUGGAAGGAAGACCGUUAAGUUGCCGGCUUUCUGACAAGGCAAGCAACCAGCUUGGUCGAUGGUUUCAGGAUGACGAUGCAUUGGAACAAGCUAUGGGUGGAGAGUGGUACCUCUUCCCUAUGAGCUCUGGAGGCGACUCUGCCUUGCAGCCCAUUCGUUUGAUCAGGGAUGAACAGAGGACACUCUCUAUUGGAAGCAAACCAGAUCCGAGCAAUUCUGAUUCUUCGUUGUCGUUCCCCUUGCCACAAGUAUCAGAGAUCCAUGCUACUAUCACAUGCAAGAAUAAGGGUUUCUAUUUGACCGAUCUGGGAAGCGAGCACGGUACAUGGUUUAACGACAACGAGGGCAGACGCUACCGGUUACCUCCAAACUUCCCAGUUCGUUUCCACCCUUCCGAUGCCAUCGAAUUUGGCUCAGACAAGAAGGCCAUGUUCCGGGUGAAGGUGCUGAGCACGCUUCCGUACGACUCCGCGAGAGGAGGGGGAGAAGUUCUGCAGGCAGCAUGAGUGGGGACUUCAACGACCCCUUGUCACCAGCCACUGUACAGCAUUCUUCAGUAAACAGCCGACACUGCAUCAUGGAAAGAAAAAGAAUUGUAACUUUUGCACUCAUCCAGAUAUCCAAAGCAGGAUUUUGAGUAGCUUCUGACAGAAUUACUACGUUGCAGUUCUACGAAAAAGAACUGAGGGUGUACAAUAGGGUAGGCAAUUUUUAGCUGUUGCCACUGUAAUACUGUACCUAGUACAGUACAUUGUUGUGCCUAUUAACACGUGUUCAUACUGAAAGAUAGAAAUAUUGCGUAAUCAA